AUGUUUCCCCCACAUUUGAAGCAGUUAUAUGCCAGUUCACUGAUGGUUAGCCUGGCCAUCCUGCUGCUCCUGCAGCCCGUGGAUGCACGUUGGACUCGCAGACCCAGGCGCACCACCACGCCCAGGAGCAGCACCACCGGCAGAACCACCGCCAGUCCGGAUCGCCACCAGCAUGUGCACCACUGGCCGCCACUGGUGGCACCACCUCAACCACAGCCACAACCACAGCCACAACAAGUAGUUGUGGUGCAGCCACCCACUCACACUAGUGAGACUAGUCCGCGUCUCAUCGAUAGCUUCGAUUCGAGAUCACUGGAUGGGCAGUACGAGUUCAGAUAUCAGCUGGAUAAUGGCAACACACGAUAUGAGCGCGCCUACUGGCUGCCCGUGGGCAAGGAUGUCGUUCUGGCCAAGAAGGGUUACUACUCGGUGCCACUGCCCAAUGACAAGUACUCCACGGUGUUCUACACCGCCGAUCAUCGUGGCUACCACGUGGACAGGCAGACAUUAUCCGCAGAGCAGCCGCUGUUGCCGCGCAGCUUAGAAGUGCCCGGCGUGGAGAGGGUUGUGGACUCCGGAAUAGCCACGGUUACGGGUAUGGGUAUGGGUACGGGUACGGAUUCGGGUACGGGGACUAAGCGAAAUUCAAUAAGCGACCCGGAGCGUAACGAGCUGCCUGUGGAAGUGGAUGCGGAUGCGGAUGAGGACGUAGAUGAGGAUGUGGAUGUGGAUGUGGAUGUGGACGCAAGUGACGCUGCCACCGAGCUGGUUCCUAACGCUGUAAAGCAAGUCGAAACCGAAACCGAACCAUCAACUUUGGCCAACGACAUUUUGGCAACUGAAACACCAGCCGACAGCCACGAUGAUGAUCACGAUGACGAUGGCGAUGGUGAUGAGGAUGAGGAUGUUGAUGAUGAUGAAGGCGCCUCAAACUGAAAGCCCGAACAUUAGAGGACAUUUCGGCAUACAGGAGGAUGGAGAUGGAGAUUGGGAUUGGGAUGGAGAUGGAGACUGGCAGGGGAACUGGCACACACUUGGCUGACUCGCAGCUCGCUCUACUUGCUGCAAAUCAAAUUGAAAACAAUUGUUGCAGUCACCAGUCCGACACAGUUGAGUUGGCCAGCAGUCACCAUGUAUCCCAUGGAGCAGGAGCAGUAGGAGUGGAGCAGUAGGAGCAGUAGGAGCAGGAGCAGUCAAGUCGACUCCACUUAACUCCA